AUGGCCGUGCAGGUGGGAAUCGAAACAGCAGAAAAGAGCCGUGGUAUUGAUGUCCCAUUGAAUGAUUGCCAUCCCAUCGAGGAAGAGGACGUCCUUACUGUGUCUUUGAAAAAGCCAUGUCGUCUCUUCACCGGCCCUGACUGCACCGGACAUAACACAUUCUUGAGUCCUGGCGAGCACUCUUCCAAGGACCCAAUUCCGGCCAUCGAGUCCAUAUUUUGCCAGUCAUCAUUUUGA